GUUUGUGUGAGCAGUGUACGUGCACUUGCUUUGUUUACAUUUCACAUUGUUUAUUGUUUUUUUAAUUUAUUUAUUAAAAAGAAGAGAACUGAAUGUUAAUAUCUUAAUAUAAAUAAUGGAUAAAAUUGAAGAUAUGUCACACUCUUAUACUUUAAGUGAUCCUUAUGUUGUGUCUGUAGAGGAAAUGGAAGAUGAGUCGGAGCAAUUAGCUGCAGAAAAUACUGAUGAUUCAAAUCAUGGAGAUAAAUCAGGAGUACCACUAAGGGAACAGGAUCGUUUUUUACCCAUUGCAAAUAUAGCAAAAAUAAUGAAGAGAGCUAUUCCACAGAUUGGAAAAGUUAAUAAUAAGAUUGCAAAGGAUGCCCGCGAAUGCGUACAAGAAUGUGUUUCAGAGUUUAUCAGCUUUAUCACGAGUGAGGCUAGUGAUAGAUGUCAUUUGGAAAAGCGGAAAACAAUUAAUGGAGAGGAUAUUCUAUUUGCCAUGAGUGCUUUAGGUUUUGACAACUAUGUAGAGCCUUUAAAAUUGUACUUGCAGAAAUAUAGAGAGGCGGUCAAAGUAGAUAAAAACCUGCAUCAGGGCUAUGAAGAGAUUGAAGUAGAACCAUUCACUACAACUUCAGCUAUAGCAACAACGGACAGUGAGGGAGCGGUCAUUUAUACCGUUCAAACCAGUUCCUCGCAAGAAUUUACAUUGGGCUCUAAAAUAGUUUAAUUUUCUUUUCAGUUUUAAGUUAUUUAAUUUUGACAUUUAAUAUUAAUAGUGUGAAAGUAGGUAUGUUAGUCAGUUACUUGAGAAUAUACAAUGUAUAUAACAAUUAAUAAAAUAUACCCCAUAGUAUGUUUUAUGAAAAUUAA